UUAAAUCUCCUUCAGGAGAGAGAAUGGAUGUUGAUAUUAAUGAUGACUUUAGAACAAUUCAGCAUUCUGAGCCAAUGCAAGGUGUGCAAGAGAGUCGGAACAGUAUGGGUCAGUUUGCUAAUAAUAGGCAGCUGCAGCCUUUGCAAGGUGUACAGGAAAUUCCACAAACGAUCAGUGGAUUCCAAUCAAAUGUUGAUGAUGGUCAUUUAAGAAUGGAUGGUGGUCAAUCAAGUGUCGAUGGGGGACAUUUAAGAAUGGAUGAAGGUCAAUCAAGUGUGGAUGGGAGACAUAUAAGAAUGGAUGUGGAUGGAGGUCAACCACCUGUAUCAAGGGGUCAAUUAAGUGUGGAUGGGGGUUCAGUAUCUAGGGAUCAAUCAAGUGUGGAUGGAGGUCAACCACCUGUAUCUAGGGGUCAGUCAAUUUUGGAUAGGGGUCAAAGGUCCUUUAAAGAUGCAUGUUUGUAUGAUGGUCGCUUACUCAUACUUACACAGGAUGUUAUUGAAAAUUUAAGAAGAGAAAAUAUAAUAGAAAUCGGCAAGGGUUCAUUUGGAAAAGUAUAUAAAAGUGAAUCUAAAUCAGAGGACUUUGGGAUACAUGUUGUUGUCAAGAAAAUACCUUGUGAUGGACCUUCAGCAACCACAAUUAGAAGGGAAAUGAUUACAUCCAGAAUUUUGCAUCCAUUUAUUCUUCCAUUGCUAGCUGCUGUUGAGCAACCAUUACCAGAUGGGAAAAAAGAAUUUUGGUUUGUCUCUCCACUUUGUGAAAACGGUGAUCUUGAUCAAGUCCUCCAACAUGACAGGACGCAGCAGGUCCUGAAACUGAAUGCACAGAAGAGAGUAAAGAUUCUUCUCCAAGUUGCAUUAGCUAUCAAGUACAUCCACACUGAAGUGCCUGGUGUCAGAACUGUAAUUCUUCACAAAGAUAUAGCCUCUAAAAAUAUUGUGUUGGAUGAUAUGUUUAAUGCCCGCCUUAUUGACUUUGGGUUAGCAAGAGAAAAAGAUGAUAAAUCAAGUAAAACUGGUGGAAGUUUAUUUUACUUACAUCCUAAAUUUGGAGAAUCAAGUGCAAACGAGAGCUGGGAUUAUUACAGUUUUGCUGUCAUUGUGAGAGAAAUGAUUGCCAAAUUUGGACCAGAAGGCGAUGGAACAACACACUUGAAGAAAAUGACAGCCAAAAAAGUCACAGAUAAUGUGAUUGAAGAGAUAUGGGAACAUGAUCAUCUAGGAAAUGCACAUGGAAAACUGAAUAAUAUAGCAACACAACUGCUAGAACAGACUGAUUGGAAUGUUGAAGAUUUCACAAAAAAUGUCAUCGAAAAGUUAGAAAGAAUAUAUGCAGGUUUUGGAGAAAGCUGCCUUCUUGAUGUUGCAGAAGGUGUAGAAGAUCCACCUUGCCAUUCCUGUAUGAUAAAUAAAAAAGCAAAGCAGACUUCCAUGAAUCAAAAGCACGAUGACAACUGCACUCAGAAAAUAGAAGUGUGCAUGGCAUGUGAGAAGAAUAGUUUUCUCAACCCAAUAACAUGUUACUGUGGUAAAAAAUUGACACCUACUAUUGGUCAUAGAUGGGCAGCAUUACUAGUAGCAGGAAAAGAUACGAAAGAUGUAAAUAGGGUUGAAAUAUCAAAGGCUCUGGCCAAAGAUGUUAAGGAAUUGGAGAAGCUGUUGACAUCUCAUGCACCUCGAGUAUUUGGGAUAAGUAAAAGCAACGUUCAGACAGUUGUACCCUCUGCUCCAGACAAAUUAAAUGAUGGAGAAAAGUUAUGGCCAAAGGUCAAAGCCAACAUCAAAGAAUUUAGUAAGAGAAAAGAUAUAGAUACCAUGCUUAUAUACAUUUCCUGCCAUGGAGCUAAAUCAAAUGGGUCUGGGGACACAAAAGAUUUCCAGUUUCAACUCGGAUCAAGUCCAGAUGACAGUAUCACUCUUAAAGAAUUUGAAAAGGAGCUAGAGCUUUUGGAAAAUAUUGGAAAACUGAUAAUAGUAUUAGAUAGAUGCUAUCCUCCAUUGGUAAGAUUUAAGAAAAGGACAAGAGUAUACAUUCAGAUGAACUCUUGCAAGCAGGACGAGAAGGCGCAGAUGGAUAGUAAUGGAAGCUUCUUUACAAGAGUUCUUAUCAGAGGUUUAAAAGCGAAGUCAGAGGGUGACAUAUGUCCAGAUAAUUGUCAGCCUUGUAUUGACUACUGGAAUAGGAGUAAAGAUUUCAUAUCGGUUCACAAUUUAUACGACUACAUCGAAGGUCAUUUAAGUGGACAAACACCAGUCUAUGAGCCUCAUUUGAAUGGUCAAAGCAGUAACAUUGCAUUCUACACAGGUGAUAGAGUGGUAAUACAAUUUAGCCAUAAAAACUCCGAUAAAAACAUAUCGCUGAAUUAUCUUAAAGAUAUGAAAGAAUUGAAAAAGAAAUUGAAAGAAGAGUUUGAUCAAGAAACUGGUGAAGUUUGUAUACGAAGAAAAACAUUUAGGAAAGAUGAAGAACUGCUCCAAGAUCAAGUUUGUGACACCAUAGACGAAGUAAUGGUGGCUUGGGUCCAAAGACAAAGACUAGAUGUUACGUUUAACUCUUAAUUGUAUUGUUAAUCUUGUUUAUAAUGUCAAUUUUUAAAAAUGAGGGCGACUAUUGUUGCGUAGUAGGAUAUCAACUGUCGAAUGGUCGGUCCAUCCCACAUUGUUUCCCAUCAAUAACUUAAAAAAUAAAUGACAAAGGUCAAGGUUACCUUGUAUGCUUAAACUAUUUCCGAGCAAAAUUGAAUGCAACUUCGGACAUGCUAAUAAGAGAAUAUUCAAGUUUUACAAACAUGUUUUUGUUUGCAAUGUUUCUUUGUUGGUGUAUAUGUAAAGAGAUACUAGUACGUUAGACAUAUUUGGUUGAAAUGAAUCUUGAACUGCUCAAUAAAACCACAUGUGCUAGAAUGAAUGAAAUAGAUCCACAAUCAUCCAUACCUCAGAUGAAUGUUUCGAGUAGAACCAUUAUUCAACUUCUAGUAAGAGUGAGCCCUCUAGGUAAAUGAAACAAGAAAAAAAUCAUGUGAAAAUUGCGGACUGUUAAUAAGAUAAUCAAAUUUGGAAAUUCAUUUCAUACCGCCUUUAAUAUCACCAGCUUUAAUUGUAAUCAGUCAGUUUUGGCGUCCAUAAUUAUAGAAGGAAUGGAAAAACAUAACACCGAGAUGAAGAAUUGACAAUUAGGCAAGGUGGGAUCCCUGAAGAAUACUUAAAACAAAUAAAAUAUUAAUAUUUCAAACUUGGUUUGAAAAAGCCGGUUGAAGCAGUCGUUUUGUUUGCUGUGUUUGAAAAUUUGUAUGUAGCAUGCACAUGUAUAUUUAGUAUAUUGUAUCUAUAGUUUUAUAACAUUUAUUCAUGUUUAAAGAUUACAUGUAUAGUGAAAAUAAAUUAAUGUAAAUAAUAAAUUAUAUCAAAGGAUUGCUGGCCAUGUGGAUUCAAAUCAUUUACACAAAUAUCUAAGUACUUGUUUGUUGGUUUAAGGAAUGGAUUCGAGAGUAUUUCUUUAGGAAUGAAUUCAAAAGUUAAUUUUAAUAAGCUUAUAGCUUCCAACACAUUCAAAUUUAAAUACAAUCUGAACUUAAUAAGUUAUAAGUUUAUAUAAUUUAUUUAAGGAAAAUAUAAAGCUCUUGAAACACUUUGGAAUCCGUUUCUGGAACCAACCA